UGAAUCUUUCAUGUUGUUGCUGGUUUUGCGCGCUUAGCUACCGCACCGGGAAAAUGUCUCGAGUUUACGUGGGCAAAUUGAGCUAUCGCGCCAGAGAGAAAGACGUUGAAAGGUUUUUUAAAGGUUAUGGGAAGAUACUGGAAGUGGACUUGAAAAAUGGAUAUGGCUUUGUAGAGUUUGAUGACCCCCGUGAUGCAGAUGAUGCUGUGUACGACUUGAACGGCAAAGAUCUUUGUGGGAAGAGAGUGAUAGUGGAGCACACCAUAGGACAGCGCCGUGAUGGAGGCAACCGAUCUGGGAGAAGUAAUAAUCGGUAUGGGCGCGGAGGGGGAGACCGGUACGGCCCACCUACACGCACGGAUUACAGGCUGAUUGUAGAAAAUCUGUCUAGUCGCUGCAGCUGGCAGGACCUGAAGGACUACAUGCGUCAGGCUGGUGAGGUAACAUAUGCAGACACUAAUAAGGGCCGCAAGAACGAGGGGGUCAUAGAGUUCAGGCAGUACUCGGACAUGAAAAGAGCCCUGGAGAAACUUGACGGCACUGAGGUCAAUGGAAGGAAAAUUCGUCUCAUCGAGGACCGACCUGGUGCCAGACGCAGACGCUCCUAUUCUCGCAGUGCUUCCAGGUCUCGCUCCAGGAGCAGGAGGUCUCGCAGGAGCCGAAGCCACAGUCGGACCAGUAGCCGCUCGAGACCCUCAGGCUCACGAUCACGCAGCAGGUCAACCAGCAAGAAGACGAAGGGCAGGAGCAGUAGGAUGGAGGAGAGCAGUAAUGGAGCUCGCAGGGGAGGUGAAAGUGCCAGGGAGAAUAGUUUGAGCUGCAGCCCCCAGAGCAAAAAGGGCAAACGCGAGAACAAGAGAGGUCGCUCUUAUUCUCGAUCCAGAUCUCGGUCCAAAUCGAGGUCCAAAUCGGGUAACAACAGGGAUCUCUCCAGGGAUUCUGGGUCUAAAUCUCAGGAGGCAACCAAGGGCAGUGAUGAAGGCAGAGUGGCUGAAAGAGCGCAGCGUUCUAGAGCUCAUUCUCGAUCUAGAUCACAGACGCCACCAGAUGCUGAUCUGCGCAGGGAAUCUAGAUCUAGAUCUAGGUCCAGAUCCAAAUCUCACUCCCAUUCACGCUCAAAAUCGUAUUCUCGAUCUCGAUCCCACUCAAGGUCUCGUUCCUAAGUCCAUUUAAAAAAUAAAAAAAAAGUCGAUUUUUCUCAAUCAGUAUUUUUCAUCUUGUUUUCCAGUCUAACUCGAAUCUUUAAAACAAGGAUAUAUCUUAAAUUAAUGUUUUUUUUAUUUUAAUACCCCACUUUUGGUCACUAAAUUUAUUUUUUUUGCUUAAUACGAGAGAAUUAUUUACCAUUGGGGAUAGAAAAUAAACUUAAUUCAAGGUAUACUGUCUGAAAACAAGUCUGAAUACGUUACAUUUUUGAGGAAAAACUGUCUUGUUUUUAGAUGUUAUUUCUUGAAAAUAAGAUGACGAAAGACUGAAUUAUGUUUUGCAGUCGAUGUCUAAAUGUUGUUCUGCCCUUCAUUUCUAUUCUUUGAAGCAAACCACAGUUUUUCUUUUUUGUCAAAUAGAUAGGUAUUAGGGAAAAUGCUUGCUUAUUCACAGUUCAGUAUUUUCUGGUAUUGUUAACCCCAUGCAUUAUUUUUAGUAGUGUUUUUAUUUUAAAACUGCUUGCAUAUAUUUUAUUCAUAAAGACUGAGUAAAAUUGAGCCCUCAUUAGAUGUCCUAACCUUUGGAUUGUGUACUUUAGACAUGUCCCAUAAAUGUUGUUAAAAAUGGGGCAGUUUAUGGUCUUUUUACAACACAUUUCUCCAUACAAAAUAAUAAAAAAAUCUGCCUCACAAUA